AUGAAACGCUCUGCUGGAAGGAGCCGCUGGGUAACUGAAUGGCAAGUACUUAGUUUGUUGUUUUUGUCUGGCGUUUCGGAGUGGGCUUCCGCAGGAAUUCGCUAUGCCAUACCCGAGGAAACGCAAAAAGGCUCCUCGGUGGGGAAUGUGGUAGCUGAUCUGGGCUUGGAGCUCAAGCGGCUGCCGGAUCGCAGGCUCCGGGUGGUGUCUGGAGGCAGCAAGAGGUACUUUGAGGCAGAUCUGAAGAGCGGGGUGUUGUUUGUGAAGGAGCGGAUAGACCGGGAGGAACUCUGCGGGGCGCUGUCUCCGUGCACCUUGGGCUUUGAGAUUGUGCUAGAGAACCCGCUGGAGCUAUACAGCGCUGCCGUGGAGAUCCAAGACAUCAAUGACAACGACCCAGCUUUCCCGUCCAGCCAAAUCAGGCUGGAAGUCAGCGAGUCAGUGGCGUCAGGAGCGCGCUUCCCACUAGAGAGCGCGCAAGACCCGGAUGUGGGGAGUAACUCUUUGCAGACCUACCAGCUCAGCGCCAACCAGCAUUUUGUGCUAAAUGUGAAGACUGGAGGAGAUGGCAGCAAAUAUGCGGAACUGGUCCUGGAAAAGGAGCUAGACAGGGAGGAGCAACCAGAACUGCAGCUGGUCCUCACAGCACUGGAUGGGGGAAGUCCUCCGAGAUCUGCCAGUGUGCACAUCCACAUUGAUGUUCUCGACGCUAAUGACAAUGCCCCGGUCUUUAACCAGACUACCUACCGGGCGAGCGUAAGGGAGAACACACGGACAGACACUCUGGUGGUCAAAACCAGCGCCUUUGAUUUGGAUGCGGGGCCCAAUGGAGAUAUAGUUUACUCCUUCAAUAGUCACACCGCUGCCAAAGUGAGAGAGCUCUUUGCCCUGGACUCCGCUACUGGAGAACUGAGAGUCAAAGGGCGCCUAGAUUACGAAGAAACGGUUUUUUAUGAGAUUUAUGUACAAGCUAAAGACAAGGGCUCUAAUCCGGGAGUGGCUCAUUGCAAAGUACUGGUGGAAAUCAUUGAUGUAAAUGACAACGCCCCUGAGAUCACAGUGACGUCAGUAUACAGCCCGGUGCCUGAAGACGCCGCCCCAGGGACAGUGAUAGCUUUGCUAAGCGUCACUGACCUGGAUUCUGGAGAUAACGGCCUGGUAAACUGGUUUAUGCCCAUUGGCAUCCCUUUCACGCUCAGUUCCUCCCUGAAGAAUUACUACACGUUGAAAACCAAAGCAGCUUUGGAUCGGGAACUUGUGUCCGAGUAUAACAUCACCGUCACAGCCAGGGACUCGGGAUCGCCCUGGCUCUGGGCAGAAAGCCAGAUACUAGUGCAAGUGUCAGAUAUCAACGACAACCCCCCCAUAUCUCCCCAGCUCUCCUACCAGGUGUAUGUGGCGGAAAACAACCUCCCCGGCGCGCCAAUAUUUAACGUCAGUGCCUGGGAUCCUGACCUGAACCAGAACUCUCGCCUCUCCUUCUCCAUCCUGGAAAACAGCGUGCCGGGCAAUGUCGUUGGCAGGUAUUUCUCUAUCAGUCCGGAGAACGGCACCAUUUGUGCCCUGCUCUCCCUGGACCACGAAGACAUCCUGGAGUUCAGAAUAACAGUGGAUGUCCGCGAUGGCGGCCUCCCGGCGCUCUCCACCACGCUCACUGUCUCUGUGUUUGUUACGGACCUGAAUGACAACGCGCCCAACGUGUUGUACCCGCCUCCGAACGCCAGUUCCUUGCGCCUCGAGAUGAUCUCGCCGACAGUCAGCGCCGGGCACGUGGUCACCAAGCUCGUGGCCUGGGAUGCGGACUCGGGAUACAACGCUUGGCUCUCCUACACCCUUCUUCAGGCCACCGACACCAGCCUCUUCUCGGUGGGACUGCACAGCGGGGAGAUAAGCACAGCUCGCCAGCUGCAGGAGGGCGAUGCUCCUAAGCACAGUUUGGUCAUCUUGGUCAAAGACCAUGGGGAGCCAGCUCGGUCCUCUAGCGCGACCAUCACCAUAGCCGUAGCGGAGACUGCUAAGGAGGCCAUGACGGACCUCACUGAUGUAUCCCCCACACAAGACAAAAAGAAGCAGUUGACUUUCUAUUUAAUCCUGGCUGUGAUCGUGGUCUCCGUGACUUUCUUUGUCACGGUGAUAGGGGUGAGCAUUGUUCAGUUUUACAAAUGGAGGCAAUCGAAGGAGAUUUUCAGCUCCUCCAGGAGCUCCCUUUACGGAACGCCGGGGCCUUUCACCCGCAUAGACGCUGUCCGGGGUGGAUAUGUGCCUCCGAACUUCUACCAGCAGGUGUAUCUUACCACGGACUCCCGCCAGAGUGAUCUUCUGUGCACAAAGCCCUUCGCCCCUAGUCCCACUGGGAGCCGGCAGAACACUGUGAAAAACUGCGAGACCGGAUUAUAUCAUCAGAGAAUAGACACAGCUAGCAGGUGUCCCGCUCCCGGCGAGUGGCCUCGGCUGUGCCGGAGCGGAGAGAGCUCCGGAAAAGGCAGGGCGGGUUCCCCCGGUUUGGGCUGCACCAUGGGCUCAGCGGUGGAGAGCAGGGGGUUCCUGCAGUGGCAAGUAGGCGCUUUGCUUCUGGUUUCCUUCCCGCUGCGGGGUGGGGGGCAGGCGGCACAGAUCCGUUACUCCAUCCCGGAGGAGCUGGCCCCGGGAUCCUUUGUUGGGGAUGUGGCUAGGGACCUGGGUCUGGAUGCUGCCCGGGUGACCUCCCGACAGCUGCAGAUCCUGCCCGGCUCGGCUCAAAGGCACUUCAGAGCAGAGGUGCAGAGCGGUGUCUUGGUGGUGGAGGAACGGAUAGACCGAGAGCGGCUCUGCGGCUCUAGUCCGCGCUGUCUGCUGUACCUGGAGAUCUUGCUGGCCAACCCGCUGACUUCCCACCGCGUGGAAGUGGAAGUUCUGGAUGUGAACGACAACGCUCCGGCGUUCCUUACUAGCCUCACCCGCUUGGAGAUUGCCGAGUCCGCAGCGCCAGGCGCGCGAUUCCCUCUGGAGCCUGCAGAAGAUUUGGACUUUGGAGCCAACUCCGUCAGUACCUACCGGCUGAGCCCUCCUGGAUGUUUCACCUUGAGUGUCAAGAAUCGUAAAGACGGCAGCAAACACCCCGAGCUGGUUCUGGAGAAGGCGCUAGACCGGGAGCAGCAGGAACAGCAUCGGCUGGUGCUCACAGCACUGGAUGGUGGGCUUCCUGCUAAAUCCGGAACUGCUGAGAUUGUCGUCUCAGUUAUUGACGCCAACGACAACCCGCCCGUCUUUGAUCAGCCCGUGUACAAAGUAACCCUGCUGGAAAAUGCGCCGGAGGGGACUAUGGUGAUUAAAUUAAAUGCCACCGACCAGGACGAGGGGACGAAUGGAGAGAUCGCCUAUUCCUUCAGCAGCCACACUCGCCAGAAAAUCCGGCGGUUGUUCAGCCUUCAGGAAAGGAGCGGAGAGGUAAGAGUCCUGGGAAAUGUGGACUAUGAAGAGGGCACAGUAUACGAGAUCGAUGUGAGGGCCAAAGACAAGGGCUCUCCCUCUAUGGACGCCCAUUGCAGCGUCUUGGUGGAGAUAACGGAUGUCAACGACAACGCCCCUAGCGUUAGGUUCACGUCGCUCUCAGCCACGGUUCCAGAGGACGCGCCAAUGGGGACGGCGGUGGCUCUUCUCAGUGUAAGUGAUGGAGACUCCAGGGAAAACGGAGAGGUUCAGCUGCAGCUCCCGGCAGACAUCCCCUUCCAGAUCCUACCGUCCUUCAGGAACCACUACUCCUGGGUCACCAGCGGCCCGCUGGAUCGGGAGGAGGUCUCGGAGUAUAAGGUUGUGAUCACAGCUACAGAUUCUGGAUCGCCGCCACUUUCCAGCCAGAGCAGCCUCCUGAUAAACAUAUCGGACCUGAACGAUAACCCACCCCGCUUUUCCCAGCCUGCCUACCAAGCGGAGGUGCCAGAGAAUAAUGCUUUGGGCGUUCCCAUUUGCUUCGUGUCCGCCUUUGAUCCCGAUCAGGGCAGGAACUCCCAGCUGUCUUACUCCAUCGUGGAUAGUACCGUGCAGGGGGUGCCCGUUUCCUCCUAUGUCUAUGUCAGCCCCGAGAACGGGACCAUCUACAGCAGCUCCUCGUUCGAUCAUGAACAAAUCAAACAGAUAGUUGUGCAGAUACAAGCCAGGGACCGCGGGUCACCGCCUCUCAGCACCAACGUGACUGUCUCCAUCUUCAUCCUAGACCGGAACGAUAACGCUCCUCUGAUUAUCUAUCCUGUGGCUCGGAAGGGGUUCCUGGCCCAGCAGUCCGUCCCUUUCUCUUCGCAGGCGGGACACUUCGUGACCAAAGUGACAGCUGUGGACCCAGAUUCGGGGCGGAACGCAUGGCUCUCCUACAAACUGCAGCAAGCUACAGACCUAAGCCUCUUCAAAGUCUCCCCAUACACCGGGGAGAUUAGAACUACCCGAGCUCUCCUUGAACAAGACUUCCCCACGCAGAAGAUUGUCCUUGUAGUUGAAGACGGUGGGGAGCCGCCCAUGUCUACCACAACCACUGUGAUCAUGAACAUAGAGCAGGACCCUGACCCGAGCUCAGCAGACUUCAGGAGAUCUAACCUGGAACAGGAUGGCCUUCCCCACCUGACAGUGUACCUCAUAAUUGCUCUGGCAGCAAUCUCAGCCCUCUCUGCUAUGACUUGCGCAUUUUUAGCCGUGCAGAGCCUUAGAAAUGCAAGAGCCAGAAACUCGGAUGCAGUUUGGACUACUUAUCUAAAGGGAGGAAAUACCCUGCAGGCAGGGAGACAUUUUGAUAGAGGUCUUCAGAGCGUGGAGGAGAAACUGGAGUUCCCCACUGCCUUUGGGGGAGAUUUUCUUUCUCGAUGUUCUCUCCAAAAGCCCGAUCAGACUCCGUUAUCAGAGGGGAGCAAUCUCCUGUUUGCAAAACCCGUUAGUCAACCGGACAUGAACAGCGCAGACACUCUUCUGGCCAGCAAUAACCUCAGCGAUCCCAGACAAAAACUCUUUCUAAAAGAGGAUAGCUCAGAAAUGGAGCUCAGAAGCCCGGGGCAACCCGCUUGGAAAUGGCAAGUACUGAGUUUGCUUUCCCUGUGCUGCUGGGGCUGCGUCUCUGGGCAGAUUCGCUAUUCAGUGGUGGAGGAGUCGGAGCUGGGAACAGUGGUGGGGAAUGUGGCUCAAGAUCUAGGCUUAAAGGUGGCGGAUCUUUCGGGUCGCAGGCUGCGCUUGGGUUCAGAGGAGAGCAGACGGUACUUUGCGGUGAGCCUGGCCAACGGCGCUCUGCUGGUGAAUGAAAAGAUAGACAGAGAGAGCCUGUGCGGAGCCAGCGCGGGGUGUGUGCUGCCGGUGCAGGUCGUUAUAGAAACCCCCCUGGAGCUUUUCCGCCUGGAGGUUGAGAUUCUGGACCUGAAUGACAAUUCGCCCAGCUUUCCCAUUGCCCAGCGCACAGUUAGGAUAGCGGAGUCAGCCACCGUGGCUGCGCGCUUCCCUCUGGAGAGUGCCCAGGACCCGGAUGUGGGGACCAACACUGUCAGCUCCUACCGGCUCAGCCCCAGCCCGCACUUCUCACUGAAUGUGAAGAAGCUUAAGGACGGCAAACUCUUCCCGGAGCUGGUGCUAGAGCAAGCCCUGGACCGAGAGGAGCAGCGAGAACACCAGCUGGUACUGACCGCCAUUGACGGGGGAAAUCCGGCCAGGUCAGGCACUGCGCAGAUAACCGUGGUUGUUGUGGAUAUCAACGACAAUGCACCUGUGUUCGACCAGUCUGUCUACAAGGUCAGCGUGCCGGAAAACACCCCUGCGGGCACUCUGCUUAUUCAGCUCAAUGCUACUGACCCUGACGAGGGCCCCAGCGGAGAAGUACAGUACUCCUUUGCAGUCCACACUUCCGACUCCGUCCGGAAGUUGUUUUAUUUGGAUCCCCCCACUGGCGCCAUCCGCAUUCAGGGAGUUGUGGAUUUCGAAGAAGCGGGUUUCUAUGAAAUCCACGUAGGAGCCCGAGACGGGGGCGUGCCGGAAAUGGAAGGUCACUGCGUUCUCCAGGUGGAAAUAGAAGACGUCAAUGACAAUUCCCCAGAGGUCCAGCUGACCUCCUUGGUAAACCCAGUGCCAGAAAACACCCCCUUGGAGACCGUAGUGGGGCUUUUCAGUGUGCGAGACCGAGACUCGGGUGCCAAUGGGGAAGUGAGUUUAGGAAUAGCACCAAAUUUGCCAUUCAAAAUUAAAUCCUUCGAAAACCACUAUGCGCUGAUCACCCGGGAGAAGCUGGACAGAGAAUCCGUCUCUCAAUACACCAUUGAGCUGACUGCCAGAGACGCAGGAUCCCCCUCUCUGAUCACCGAGACCACAAUACUUCUGAACAUUUCGGAUGUCAAUGACAACCCCCCUCGCUUUUCUCAGACUUCUUACAACGCCUUCCUGAGGGAGAACAACCCCCCGGGCUCCUUGCUCUGCACCGUGUCUGCUUCCGAUCCCGACGAGGGAGAAAAUUCCCGCCUCACUUACUCUAUAGCGGGAAGUGAGAUCCAGGAUGCGCCUGCCUCUUCCUUCGUUCACAUUAACCCCGACAAUGGCAAUGUUUACGCGCAGCGCACUUUUGACUUUGAGUUGCUUCAGGUGCUGCAAAUCCCCGUGGCUGUGCAGGACUCGGGGUCUCCUCCUCACGGCUCCAAUGUUACCGUCUACGUCUUUAUUCUGGAUCAGAACGAUAACGCCCCGGUCGUUUUGCAGCCGGUGACUGGCAGCCAGGUCGCAGCGCCCCACAGGAUACCCCAGUCUGUUCCCGUUGGCUACAUGGUCACCAAAGUCACAGCAGUGGAUGCAGAUUCUGGACAUAACGCCUGGCUCUCCUAUUCGCUGCUACCACAGUCAACAGACCCCUCCUUGUUCCGAGUGGCUCCUUACACAGGAGAAAUCCGGACCACCCGGGGCUUCCAAGAGACAGACCUGGCCGCGCAGAAAAUCGUCGUGCUAGUCAAGGACAACGGGGACCCAGCUUUGUCCUGCACAGUCACCAUUAUGGUUUCCUUAGAAGACAAGGCGUCGGAGGAAAACUCCAAAUCUCGCGAUUUCCUUACAAGCCCCAAAGAUAAGCCCGACCGGACUCUCUAUUUAAUUAUUGCGCUGGUGGCAGUUAGCAUGGUGUCUCUUGUUACUUUCAUCGUAUUCUCUGCAAAGUGCCUCAGAAAAAGAGACGGACACUCCUGUUGCUGCCUGAGCAACUCACCCUCUAGGGACAUUUUCAAACACUCCAGCCCAAAGCUUCAGCUGAACACGGACGGCACGUUGAAAUACAUGGAGGUGACACUCAGGCCCACAGACUCUCAGAGUCAGUGUUAUAGGACCUGCUUUUCUCCAGGCUCAGACAGAAGUGACUUCACCUUUAUGAGACCUAUGAGUUGUCCCCCACCCAGUGCCCUUGCGAUGGAAAUUGACACUUUCUUAUCUGGUACGGAUACAUCGAAUGAAUCCGCUUCUCGCUGUGGAUUUAGAAAGAUGCUAAGAGCAGGAAAGUCUGCCUGGUCCCUGGGACUCCUACUUUUCUUUUCUCUCUGUUUGUUUUUGCAUAACUCUUCCGCCCAGAUCCGUUACUCUAUCCCAGAGGAACUGACUCGAGGUACCUUUGUGGGAAAUAUUGCUAAGGAUCUAGGGACAGAUGUGGCAAAACUCGCGGCUGCUAAUCUGCAGGUUCUUUCUGAUUCUGAUUCCCAAUAUUUCUCUGUGAAUGUGAACACUGGGAUUAUAGUGGUCAAUGACAGAAUCGACAGAGAGUGGCUCUGCGGGCAGAACUCGCGGUGCUUCUUGCAUCUCAAACUCGCUAUCGAAAAUCCAGCGGAGUUCUACCGCACUGAAGUGGAAAUAUUGGAUAUAAAUGAUAAUCCUCCUGAAUUCCCGAGCAGCGAGAUCGCUUUACAGAUCUAUGAACUGGCCUCUCUGGGCGCCCGCUUUCCUAUCCAUCAGGCGCAGGACCCGGACGUGGGCUCUAAUGCUUUGCAGACCUACCACCUCAGCGCCAAUGAGAAUUUCAAUCUCAACGUGAAGGCACGUACAGAUGGCAGCAAAUUCCCGGAGCUGGUGCUGGAAAGAGCGCUGGACAGGGAGCACAGACCUGUCCACCAUUUGGUCCUGACAGCUGAAGAGGGCGGCUUUCCCCCCAGGUCUAGCAAAACACGAAUUGCUGUCCGGGUUCUAGAUGCCAGUGAUAACCAUCCAGUGUUCGAUAAACCCUCCUAUCAAGCUCGUUUGGUGGAAAACUCUCCCUCGGGCACGCUAGUCAUUAAACUGAAUGCCACAGACGUGGAUGAAGGGCCUAACGGAGACGUACGCUAUUCCCUGGGCAGCCACAACUCGGAAGCCUUGCGAAGGAUAUUGACAAUAGACAAUCAGACGGGAGAAAUCCGAGUUCAGGGGAAUCUAGAUUUCGAAGACGCGUCUGUCUACGAGAUUGAAGUUGAGGCCAAGGAUAUGGGCUCUCCCACAAUGGAGGAGCAUUGUAGCGUCACUGUAGAGAUCACGGAUGUAAAUGACAAUCCCCCAGAGGUGGUCCUCACCUCCUUCUCUAGCUCCCUGAGUGAAGAUGCCCCUCCCGGGACUGUGGUCGCUGUGAUACACGUGAAAGACAGAGACUCCGGGGAGCAUGGGAGAGUCCAGUGCCAUCUACCCAGAAGCCUUCCCUUCAAACUUCGGAAAGACUUUGAGCACCAGUAUUCCCUGCUCACCAGCCAAGGGCUGGACCGCGAGAGCGUCUCCCAGUACAAUGUCACCAUCUCCGCCUCUGACCUGGGAAGCCCCCCUCUCUCGCGACACACAAUUCUCUCCAUCACGCUUGCAGACAUCAAUGACAACACGCCACAGUUCGAGAGAACUUCUUAUGAAGUCAUCGUGAAAGAGAACAACCCGGUGGGGGAAAUACUGGUCACGGUAUCCGCAACCGAUCCAGAUUUGGACCAGAACUCGCGCCUUUCCUAUUCUGUUCUGAGCAGCCCAGGGAAAGGUCCCGCUGCGGAUCCUUCCGCAUACAUCUCCAUAAACCCAACAAGUGGGCAGGUUUUGGCGAAGCUGCCUUUUGAUUACGAGCAAACCACUUAUUUCCAGUUCCAGGUGGAAGCCUCGGAUGGCGGCUCUCCCGCUCUCAGCAGCAGGACAGUGGUCCACGUCUUCGUCACAGACCAAAAUGACAACGCCCCAGGGAUCCAGUUCCCUUUGACCGGGAAGGACUCAGUAGUCCAGUUCAGGAUUCCCCGCUCUACCAGGCCCCAGGCCUUAAUAACGAAGAUCAUAGCAGUGGACCUAGACUCCGGACGAAAUGCAUGGCUCGCCUACCAUUUAAUGCAGGCAACCGAUCCUAGUCUCUUCGGGGUGGCCCUGCGCUCCGGAGAAAUCCGGACCACUCGAGCCCUCCAGGAGCAGGAUGCUGCCACGCAGGAACUCUUCUUGGUAGUCAAAGACUCAGGCGAGCCGCCCAUGUCCACCUCCGUCACCGUGUUGGUGUUGCUGGAGGAGAAUGCCCCCGAAGCCUUCCUGGGGUUAAAGGCUCAGGCGGCGGAAAGUGAGAGCGUCCCCAGGUUAACACUGUAUUUAAUCAUUUCAUUAGUAAUAAUCUCAGUGUUGUCAUUGGCUGCUUUGGUGGGGCUGGGUGUCCGGUGUGUCAGGGGAGACGCACGUGGUGCGGUUGGCUGCUGUGUGAAAGCGGCCACGCUCCGGGUGCCCCCAAAUCCGUUGCUCGGACACGUACAGUACCAGCCCAGCCUGGGGGACGCCACGAUCGACAUGCAGGUGACUGCCACGGCCCCCCCUGCCCGGGGGCAUAGAUCCUGCUUCUCUUCAGUCUCGGACAUCAGCGAGUUCAUGUUCAUGAAACCCUCUGUGAGCCUCGGAAACAGCUCGGGCAACAGCCCGCCUGAUCGCAGCUUCUCCACUGAGGUGAGCUCCCUGAAUGUGCCAAUGCAGUGUCCCCAGCUGCCCCCGCCGUGUGACCUGCAGCGUAUCUGGCCGGGCAGCCGGGAGCACCCGAGAAGCGGACUUUGGGGACACUGGAACCGGCUGCGCGAGUUCCUGGGAGGCAGCGAGCGGGACGGGAGCUGGGGAGGCGGCGCCGAGUGGCUUCGGAUACACACAGCUGAGCGCGGCAUGGCCGGGAGACCGAGUUUGCGCUGGCAGCUCCUGCUGCUUGGUGCUUUCCUCUCUCUGCUGGACCCGGCUCGCGCACAGACUCGCUACUCAGUGCCCGAAGGCCUCGAGCCCGGCUCCUUUGUGGGGAACAUUGCCAAGGAUCUGGGUGUGGACGUGCGGAGCCUCUCGGCCCGCAGCCUGCGGCUGGUCAGCGAGGGCGGCCGCCAGCACUUCCAGGUGAACCUGGCCGACGGAGUCCUGCUUGUGAAUGAGAAACUAGACCGGGAAGCACUGUGCGGUCGGAGCUCCACGUGCUCCCUGCAGCUCCAGCUGGUGCUGGAGAGCCCGCUACAGCUGCACCGGGUGGAGGUGGAAAUCCUAGAUGUCAAUGACAACGCGCCGCAGUUCCCGAAGAAGGAAGUUUCUUUAGAGAUCACCGAGGUAGCAAACCCAGGGACUCGCUUACCCCUGGAGGUAGCAGAAGACCCAGAUAUGGGCUCCAACUCCAUCUCCACCUAUGAACUCAGCGCCAGUGACCAUUUUGCCCUGAGCAUAAAUGUAAGAGGAGAUGGUGUGAAAAUGCCUGAAAUAGUGCUGGAGAAAGCCUUGGAUAGAGAGAAAGUGGCAGCCCAUCACUUAACCCUAACAGCUCUCGAUGGUGGGAACCCGGUGAGAUCAGGCACUGCCAGGAUCACAGUUCAUGUCCUGGAUGCCAAUGACAACCCCCCUGCGUGUGAUCCGCCAAUUUCCAAAGUGUUUCUGGAAGAAAAUGUCCUGUCAGGGACGCUGGUUACACAGCUGAACGUCACUGACUUGGAUGAAGGCCUGAAUGGACAGGUUGAAUAUUCAUUCAAAACCAGCAAUAAUGCCCCCGAUACAUUCCUCAGGCUGUUUAGCCUGGACCCCCAGACAGGGCAGAUCACAACCAAAGCCCCGCUGGAUUACGAGAACUCCAGCGCUUAUGAGAUCACCAUUCGAGCCAGAGACAAGGGCUCUCCCGCAAUGGAGGGGCAUUGCAGCCUCCGGGUGGAACUGGUGGACGUGAACGAUAACAGCCCGGACAUUGUGCUGACUUCCCUGUCCAGCCCCGUGCAGGAAGAUGCACCCCCAGGGACUGUGAUAGCGCUAAUUGGUGCAAAGGACAGUGACUCUGGGGAAAACGGACACGUCCACCUGCAGAUAAGCAAUGAUCUUCCUUUUAAACUGGUGAGCUCCUUCAAAGGGCAUUACUCACUGGUCACUGCUGGGCCUCUGGAUCGAGAGAAGGCUGCUGGAUACAACAUCACUGUUACAGCCACAGAUGCUGGGUCCCCUCGAAGGUCCACUGAGCAAACCAUUUUCCUGCAGAUCUCCGAUGUGAAUGAUAAUGUGCCCAGAUUUUCCAGCCCCUCCUACACGGCCCACAUUCAGGAGAACACCCUUCCUGGGGCCUCCGUGUUCUCUGUAUCCGCCUCUGACCCUGAUGUGGGCACCAAUUCCAAGCUUUCCUACUCCAUUCUGGACACUGGCACGCAGGAUGUGCCCAUCUCAACCUACUUCCACAUCAACCCAGAGAAUGGCACCAUCUACGCCUUACGGGCUCUUGACUAUGAGCAGGACAAAGUGUUCCAGGUGCCCGUGGAGGUGCAGGACGCUGGGUCCCCUGCCCUGAGUAGCACCGCCAUGCUCCACCUGUUUGUCCUGGAUCAGAACGACAACGCACCUACCAUUGUGUACCCACCUGUCCCCAGGGGCUCCGCCUUCCAACAGACAGUCCCCUCCUCAGCAGAACCCGGCUACUUAGUCGCCAAGAUUGUGGCGGUGGAUGCUGACAGCGGCCACAAUGCCUGGCUCUCCUACCAGCUCCAGGAGACCAGUGAGCCGUGUCCCUUCCGGGUGGAACUCCGCUCCGGAGAGAUCCGAAUAACUGAGGCACUUAGGGAGUCAGAAGCGCCCCACAGGCUAGUGGUCCAGGUGAGGGACAAUGGGAUUCCCUCCCUGUCCGCCUCAGUGGCUCUAGUAAUCUCCCCCGAGGAGAAUGCAGUACAAGACUUUGCCAAGGCCUUGGACCUUCCCAAAUUGCCUUCCAGAGCAUCCAGCGUCACUCUCUACCUCAUCAUCUCCCUGGUAGCCAUUUCCCUGGUGUCAUGCGUGAUGCUGGCUGUCCUUGGCACCAGGUGCCUCAAAUCAGUCUCCACAGCUGCAGGCUGGCCCCUCUCACACUGUUGUAGGAGGACAGGCCGCAAGUCCACAUCCAACUUCCCUGGGCAGUUGAAUCCGGACGGUUUCAUCAAGUAUUUGGAUGUGGGUGGAGCAGGGCUGGUGUCCCAGGCACAACAGUACAAGUCUUGUUUCUCUCCAAUGUCUGAUCAAGGAGAUUUCCUCUUCAUAAGACCUUUCAGCCAUUCCACUACCGGGGAGAGCAUGGCUGCCUUUGAUCAGGUGGCCAGUGCUUUACUAAUUAUUUCUGGUACUAUAGAGUUCUUCAGAUUAAACUGA